AUGAUUGGCAGUUUGUUGUAUCUUACUGCUAGUCGACCUAAUAUCUUCUUCAGUGUUGGAGUGUGUGCUCGAUUUCAAGCAAAUCCAAAGGAAUCCCAUCUGGAAGCUGUUAGAAGGAUUCUUCGAUACAUCUCAGGUACAGUCACUUGUGGCAUCUUCUAUACCUUUGACACUAAUGUGGAGAUUGCAGGCUACUCCGAUGCUAACUGGGGAGGUAACCUUAAGGAUAGGAAGAGCACCUCGGGAGGGUAUUUCUUUACUGGAAAUAACUUAGUCGCAUGGCACAACAAAAAGCGAAAUUGCAUCUCACUCUCGACCGCUGAAGCUGAAUAUGUGGCAGCUGGAAGUUGUUGUACUCAAAUGCUCAAGGAUUAUGGUAUCUCUCAAGGUAAGUUGUCCAUCUUCUGUGACAACACUAGUGCCAUAAAUAUCACCAAGAAUCCUGUUCAACACUCUAGGACAAAGCACAUUGACCUCAUAUAUCACUUCAUUAGAGAUUUAGUUGAGCAGAACAUUCUUGAAUUAAGCUUUGUGCCUACUGACAAUCAGUUAGCUGAUCUUUUCACUAAACCACUAGACACUGCUAGGUUUGAAUUAUUGAGGAAUGCCAUUGGAAUAUGCUCUAAAUAUUAA